UCAUUUCUUAGUUAACAUUUCAUAUGAAUUCAUUUCCAGCUUCUGGUUUCCCUAACCAUUACAUCUCCAUUUUAUUAUUGUUUAUAAGAUUCUUUGAAAACUUAACACCUGUAUAGUUCUGUUUAGAGAGGAUUUAGUUUUUGUCAUUUCCUAAGAACAAAUUUUUCUUUGUAAGUAACUACGCAAGAACAAAUUAAUAUGUUAUAAUCUUCCUUUCUGUGCUUGGUUAGAGAUUUAUCUGUGCUAAAUGCAAAAUAAUGUAAUGAAUUAAUCUUUAGAUGUUGCGGUUUGAUUUGAACUUUGUCUAAUUAGGAUUUUAUUAUCAGUAAAACAAGGAUUUUAUUGAUGAGAUAUAUAGGCAUAGCCCAAGUACAUGAGGCAUAUACAAGAGUGACCCCUAAGCACUUUUUCUAUUUAGGAAUUAUGCUUACAACUUGCAAAUAUAAUAGACACCAACUGAAACUAUUCAUAUUUAUAUUUUUUACUUAAAGGCCUGGAGGAUAGGGUGAUUGAAACUGCCAAGUCUUGUGUUUAAAUGAUUGUUGGUGUGAGCAGUCCCUUUGGGGAAGGGGAAGUUUUGGGACAAAUAUACGAGGCUGCCCUGGUUACUGUUGUCAAGUCAUUGCCUUCGAACCAGACGCAGAAAAUUUUGAUUUCUGUUGAGGAAGUUAUGGGUGCGUCAAAUGAGGUGUUCUUCGUGUCGGGAGUGGAGGAAGUGGAUUCUAUCAUGGCGGGAGUGGAUUCUGUCGUGGGAAAGGAGAUAAGGCCAAUAGGGGAGGGUACCAGUUUGUUGAGUCUUUUUGUGGACUCUGAGGGCAGUGAGGAGGAGGAGAUGGGUAGCCCGUCACCCUUACAGAUGCUCCCACCUCAUAUUGCACCUCAAGCAUUAGAUUGGGUACUAAAAAAAGUAGAAGAGCUUUGUGGUUGGGUGGGACUUUCCUGUGAUGACUAUAAAGACCAAUUCAUGGCUCUCCUAGUAGCCAUGGAAGCCGGUCGAUCUACAGUAAUGAAGUCAGCUGUUAGAAAGGAGAGAGAGUUGAAACGAUUGCAAUACUACAUUAACUAUGAUAAUAAGGAGGGAACUUCGGGGAGAGAUAGAGCAAAAGGAAGGGACACUUCUUUUGUUAAUGAAGCCUAAAAUACUGUCUUGGAAUGUGAGAGGGAUCAGUGACGUGGAUAAACGCCUACGUAUUAGAUCCAUUCUCCGAAGUUGGAAAGUA